AUGGGAGACAGUGUGAUACCCCAUCACACGGUGGUGCAGUGUAUUUACUCAUUUUUAAAGGCACAUGGGUACAAAAACUCACUUCUCGCCCUGCAGAGCGAGUCCCGUGUGCCGUAUAAUACCAUUGAUGUUGUUGAGAUUGAUGAAGCAAGCAAAGACACACCGUGUGUGAACCCGAAGUCACUGGAGCGCGCAGUUCUAGGAGGCAAAUGGGACGUUGUACUCCACAAUUAUGUGGAUACUUUGUUACUCCCUGAGGAGAUUGUUUUUGCUCUCUAUGAGCUCAUAUUUGAGGAGCUGCUGGCGUUGGGAGGGUUUGUUCAUGCGGCGCGUGCUUUGUUUACAUCUUCGCCGGUGUUUGCCAACAUGAAGCGCUCUUCCGGCGCCCGAUACGCUCGGUUGGAGCGAAUGCUCGCUUCUUUCAAAAACGAAAACAUUAACGACGUAGGAACUGGAGGAACUGAAGUGGUUCCUCGCCAUCUUAUGGAGAAGCGUGAGGCAUUGUUGAAAACCUUACAGGAAGCUAUCACUUGGAAUGAAGAACCAUACGAUGGUGCUCUCCCCGCAGCGUUAUGCCGGAUGUUCAGUAAUGAUGGACGUAUUGGUGGGCCCCCUUCACAGCAAUCGACCAUGGCGAAAGGGAAUGAUGCUGUAAGCGUUGGUGAUGCCUCAGCAGUUUGUGCUCCUACCACCUUUUUGCGCUAUCCGCUUUGCUGCCCAAAGAAACUCAAAAGCCAAACGCUACCUGGGGGCGGAAGACCAUCCGCUUGCAUCGUCACACCUCUGUCCAGGAGUGGAGGGGAACAAAGGAAGUUUACUGCCCUCGUUGUUGGCACGACUGACGGUGUAGUUAAUAUUCUUGAUGCUGAAUCUGCGGGUCCUGUGGAAGGUUCUGUCAAACACACCGAUGAGGUUUUGAGUGUAACCGUGGACGCAGGAGCGGACGGCGGCGUUGCAUGGGUUGCGGUUGGGUAUCGGGAUGGUUGGGUGAAGAUUUAUAACACAGAGACUAGGAAGUUGGUGCGCCGUUUCACACAAGUCCACAGUGGGGGCGUAACGUCUGUUGUUUUUACUGGGUCAAGGGCGCCUGAGCUUUUUGGGCACCGGACGCACCUUGUUUCGGGAUCAUACGAUGGCAGCGUGCAGCUCCUUAACAUUCUUAGUGGGGUUUCGCUUCAGCGUAUCGGUGAUGCACAUCAUUCCAAGUAUGUGUUGUCCUUGUGUGGGAUUUGUUCGGAAUCUAGCGAGGAUUACCACGUCGUGUCGGCUGGGAAUGACGGCGUUCUUUGCUUCUGGAGCUUCUCCGAAGAAAAAAUCCAGCGAGUGGGACAUCCGCGAGCGUUGACGACAAUUCAUGCCGCCUUGAGGGAUGACAUUCCAACCCGGUUGCUGCCUAUAGAUGACAGUGGGACAACGAAGGAAAUCUUGGUUCUUACCCGCGGGCAGUGGGCGCUGGUGCUGAGUACCUGUUUUACAAAUAACUCAGCGGAACCGCUUGUACUAACACUCCACUGCACCAUUUACACUCCUCGACCGAUGUUUGGCGGUUGCUUGAGGGUUGUGAAUACUCCGGCGCAACCGGAGCCUAUGUUGACCGUCUUUCUAACUGAUAGAAGUGGUACCAUUAUACUUUACAAUAUUGAAAUGAGGUGGCGCGGGUCUACUACUGUUGGUACAACCAAGGAAUUUCGUCCUGUCGAUGAGAGCUCUAUUGUGGUGAUAGAACACGGAAAGACUGUAGAAACUCUUAACGUAGCAUACGUUCCGGGGAAGCUCGACAAUCUUUUGGCUUAUUCCCCUUCGAUUCCUGCCAUGUAUCUUCUUUCGUGGGAAGCAGAGGCGUGA